AUGGACCACGGUAGCACUGCUUGGGUCACACCAGAUGGCUUAGUGGCUGGAACAAGUACAGCUUCUUCAAGCUCGGUAGAACCUGACGCCCUGCAUGCGGAUUUUAAUGCAUUUGCUGGAUACGACUCUUGUUUGCCUGCCCCAUAUCAGACACAUGACGCCUACAUGCCGCCCAGUCGCAACACGUCAGUCCAUGAGCCAUCAUUGUCGUCUACUAGCCAAUCCUCGCGAGCGCCAUCAAUAGGCGCAAGGCCACCAUAUGGAUACUUGCAAGAUCCCUCUAACUCGAGAUUCAGAGUCGAAGGCGCCGUGAGCAGCUAUGGUCAGGGGUAUGAGCCGCAACCGUACUCAACUGCCGGUCCAUCUGCUGCUGCUACCGCUUAUCAAACCGAUGGAGCCCCCUUCGCUUCAAAUUUGCCCUCCAGCCUCGGCGCAAAUAGUUCAACGACUUGGCCGAAGCAAGAAUAUGAGGUGCCGCAGUUCUAUUCUACCCCGCAAAAUCAACUUCCUGAUCUUGGCCAGGAGAGGAGACUGUUGAAGACGACCAAGGCCAAGAGACCCACAAGAAAGCACACAUCGAAGGAGGAGGCAAACUUCCAAUGCGAAGUCAAAGGAUGCGGGAAGUUCUUCAGUCGCAGCUACAACUACAAAUCGCACCUUGAGACUCAUGAUGAGAAGCGCGAAUAUCCAUUUCCCUGCACUGUUGACGGGUGCACUAAGAAGUUUGUGCGGAAGACAGACCUUCAACGACACCACCAGAGUGUGCAUAUGAAGGAGCGCAAUCAUAAGUGUGACUAUUGCGGACGCCUCUUUGCUCGAAAGGAUACUCUGAGAAGGUAA